AGACUUUAGCAGCAGGUCGCAACAGGUCCGCUGUCAAACGCGAUAAAAUAGUUUUUGUUCGAAAGUUAAUUUUACGUCCUGUGUCAGCCGUGGUGACCAACCCACAAAGAACACAUGAAGCAGGCGACGCUUCUCAAAGCUUGGCACCCGAAAGGAUCCACUGCGUCCGAGGUUCCGAAACCGAAGGACAAACCGCCGGACGACAUGGUAGAACUUAGCGACGAGGAUGACGAGUUCUUGGUGCAAGCAAUGGACGAAACUCUCGCUGGUAACUCGCUCUCGACGUCCGCUGUUCGGGACGGACCCUCUUCGAUGCAAAAGGCGCUCGAACAGCUCGAAGGGUUCGACGUUGUUGCCGGCCAGACUUGGGUCUACCCGACCAACUAUCCCGUGCGAAGUUAUCAGUUCAACAUCGUACAGUCGGCCUUAUUCAAGAACACGAUGGUCAUCCUCCCCACUGGUCUGGGAAAAACAUUCAUAGCGGCUGUGGUCAUGUACAACUUUUACCGCUGGUACCCCACAGGCAAGAUUGUUUUCAUGGCGCCUACCAGGCCGCUCGUUGCUCAACAAAUCGAAGCGUGUUACAACAUAAUGGGCAUACCGUUGGAAGACACCAUGGAAAUGACAGGAACAGUGCCUGCUGGUCAGAGAGCUCAAGGGUGGCGGGAAAGGCGAGUGUUUUUCCUUACGCCACAGGUAAUGAUGAAUGACCUGCUACGCAACGCCCUAAGACCGCAGGACGUGAAGUGUCUGGUGAUCGAUGAAGCCCACAAAGCACUGGGCAGCUACUCCUACUGUCAGGUUGUGAAGGAAAUUCUUAAGGACAACAACCAAUUUAGGAUUCUUGCUUUAAGUGCCACACCAGGAACAGACGUAAAGGCUGUUCGCAAUGUCCUUGCAAACCUGAUGAUCUCCCACGUGGAGCUGAGGACAGAGGACUCUCUCGACAUCCAGGCGUUUACGCAGAAGAGGACGAUCGAGAAAGUAGUGGUGCCACUUGGCGAGGAAAUCGGCGAACUCAAGAACAAGUUUCUAGGGGUGAUCCGCAUGUACCUCGACCGACUGGACAGGAGCGGUGCCAUACCCCGGGUGAACCCUGAGUCCUUGGGGAAGUACCGCAUGCUGCUGCUCAAGGAGGGCUUCCAGCAGAACCCACCCAGUCGACUGAGCUCCCGCGAAGUGGGGCAGCUGCAGGGGUACUUCUCCCUGCUCAUCAGCCUGUACCAUGCGUACGAGCUACUGCUGGCACAUGGCAUGCAGCCAUUCUUCUACUUCCUCAAGGGCAUAGUGGAUGGCGAGAAGAGUCAGCCACGUGUCCGCUACGAGCUGAUGCACAACGGCGACUUCGAAGACCUCUACAAGCAUCUGGAACAGCGCCUGGGGGUCUCCGAGGCCUCGGCCAAUGACACCCUCCAUCCGACCGCCGCAGCCGCGGCAUCCUCGUUGUACGAGAACACUCUUUCCGACACCGAAAGCCAAGCACCACAUGUUGUGGGUCAUCCCAAGCUGGCAAAGCUUGAGGAAAUAAUCUUGGAGCAUUUCAGGAAGUUUGCAGGCAAUGAGGGAGGCACCCGUGUGAUGGUCUUCUCCCAGUACCGGGACAGCGUGAAAGAGAUCACGGUGCAACUGAACCGCCACCAGCCGCUGGUCAAGGCCAUGAACUUUGUGGGCCAGAGAGCUGGUGCGGCCAAGGGCUUCAGCCAAAAGGAGCAGCUCCUGGUUGUGAAAAAGUUUCGUGAGGGCGGCUACAACGUCCUGGUGUCGACGUGCGUUGGAGAGGAAGGCCUGGACAUUGGCGAGAUCGACCUGAUUGUCUGCUUCGAUGCACCCAAGAGCCCAAUCCGCCUGGUGCAGCGCAUGGGUCGUACGGGAAGGAAGCGUGAAGGACGCAUCGUUGUGUUGCUGACCGAGGGCAAGGAAGAACAGGCCUACAAGGAAAGCAACUACAAGAAGCAGAACAUCCACCGUGCCAUCACCAGUGGAAGGCAGUUGGGCAACCUGUACGAAGCCAGUCCGAGAAUGGUUCCGCGUGGCAUCAACCCAGUCUGCCAUCGAAUGCACAUGACCGUGCCCGAAUACAGGAGCGCCAAGAGUGCCGCGGCCUCUGGCAGAGGAGCGCGCUCUAUUUUGAACUUCAUUACUGGCAAGCAACAAAAGAAGUCUGGUGCAGCGCUAACCAAACCGGAAGAGCUCUACUAUGAGGCACAUUUCGAGGUUGCUCCAUCGACUGUUCCACUACUGCCGCCAGCUCCUGCACGUUUCCUGAGCCUUCAGAAUUUCCAUUCAAAACAGAAAGAGACAGAGAACGAGAGUAACCGGCCACGACUCUCCCUGUCAAGCUGGACACAGUGGCAGUGUGAAGAGCAGCGGACUCACUACGUGGCUCACUCGAGCAAGACAAAGCUGUACGUCGAGCUAAUGCGCUUCAUCGAGAACACUCGGUACGCCGACGAAGAACUUGAUGCAUACAGCCUCGAACUGAAGCCCUUUCUACAGAUGGAGUAUGUUCUUUCGUCAGACGAGUGCCUUUCGCCUGAUCCCGAUUUAGUCGGCGCAGGCAGCAAAGAUGGAGGCACGGGCAAGAUCGGUCCGAGAAAGAAGCUUACCAAGAAGGCUGGCAGACGGGCCGUUGCAGACGACGCAAAAAACAAGGAAGAGACGGACAACGACGACAAAGAUUGCGAGCGCCCGGACAACGUGGCUUCGUCUGCGGUGAAACAGGAGGGACCCGAAGGUGCGAACAAAGUUGAGAAAAGAAGGAAGAAAAGACGGGUCAUCACAGACUUCUUCAAGGAUAAGUCACUGUCGCACGAUUCGUCGUCGUGCAUUUCGUUCGAGACGGACCUCUGCGAGAGGGUUGAAGAGAUGGAUUGUCGAGAAGAUGUGGAAGUGGCUGAAGAGUGCGUAGUGGUCGUUUCUUCGGGAGCGCACAACGUCAAUAUGGAAGAAAGUGGAGAUGCUGAUGCAGCCGACUUGAGAGAAGAGUUGGAUCCAGAUCCAGUCGAAGUUGAAAUUCGGACGCCACCAAGGCUCGACGUUGACGUGUUUCCCAGUCCGGGUCGUGCACUAUCGCCUGUUGACGUAGCGAAAGUUGUGCUUGGACACAGCGAGGUGAAUGAUGAAAUAACUGCAAACAAGCAUGUCGCUGACGUGACACCUGAUAGCAUGGAUAGCGGUAGUUGUGGAGAUGGUGUGCCUGACGUGGAGUGUCAGAAAUCUGGGACCAGAACAAGGAGUAGCGAAAUUAAGUUUUCAAAACUGGAAGUUGAUAGCGACCUGGAGGAUUUUCUUGACGACGACUGCUUCGAGAAUGAAAAGUGCCUUAAAAAUCAUGAUCACAGCUUUCACAAGCAGUCCUUACGUACAGUGGGAAAGGAAUAUGAAGUUAAAAAGGUGCAUUCAAAGGUUAAUGAGAAGCAGACGGAAGCAUUAAGCCCAGCUGCCAUGGAAGCUUGGGACCUUGUCGGAAAUGCCAACAUGGACAGCUUCUGCGACGAGCUGUUCAACUCCGACGCAGAUAUGCUGGGAGGCAACGUGUGUACAAAGGUGGAUGACAAGAAGGAGCCUGUCCCAAAUCCACCUAUGAUCUCAACUCAGGAUCCAACCUCGCUUUCAGAGUUGGGCAUACAUUCUGAAGAUUUGUUUGACACAAGGUGUGACAAGACGGCAGACAGAACUGAUGUGUUGAAGCUCACUGACAAGGGAGCCAGGCCCUCUAGUCCAGUCGUAAUUUUGUCACAAAGGCUUGCACCACCUGCCCACUCCACACCCUGCCGAACAGUCCCAACGAGAAGCAUUGCCAACGCAGCAGUGUCUCCGAGUGAUCCUGUUAACGUUCCUGAUGACAUUCAUGUGCCUUCCCCAAUCAGAGGCAAAGUGCCCGAGUGCGCGGAUAGUAGUGACUGGAACCUUCUCAGUGAUAGCGACAUGGAGCUCUUCGAGAACGCUUCCGACGGUCACGUUUCCGAUCAAAGUGUUGACUCUGGUGGGGAGGAAGGGUGUGAAGACAUGGGAAUCACCGAGCUCUGCAACUUCAUCGAGGAGAACUCCGUCGUUGAAGAGGCACGAGAAGAUCCCGUUUCUCGUCGCAGCCCGCCUGCACAAAAGGUGCCCGGUUCUCCGACUCGAAAUGUGGAAAUGAGAAAGCAUACCCUUUCCUGCGACGGUUCUCGGGCAACCGAGUCUUCGUCUGUAAACUUGAGCGACCUCUCCACUAUUGGGAACAGGCGGAACAAUGGUGGAAAGAGCCUGUCGAUCAAACGACCCCCCAAUUCUUGCAGAAGGGACUUGAAAGCGGAGAAGUCGUUCAACGAGAGUUCUUCACGAUUGACGGAAGUUGAAAAUAGGAGCAUUGUGAAAGAAGUCAAAGAUUCACCUUCAUUGCACAUGAGUAGUGUUCAAGACAAGAGUGCCGCCGCAAGGAGUUUCUCAGCUGUUCAACAAAAUCGCGAUCCGAACCAGUCGUCCGCUUCGAAGCGCCCUUCCUUUGAGAUCACUGUUGACUGGAGCGAUUUUGAUUCUGGCAGUGGCUCGGACGAACCCGCCGCAGCAGUCGAGACCUCAACGCAGAUGCAGAAGGGCAGAACGCCUCUCUCGUCGACGUUUGGUGCCGGUGGCAUGACACAGUCUCGAAAUGUUCCUGUUGCUAUGGUCAAGCCCAUCAUGUGCAGCACAGCAACCAAGACUGCAGAUGUUAUCAGCUCUGGUGAUGACAGCCCAGUUCAAGCGAGAAGGCGGCCAUGUCAAAAGCGAAUUUUGUCGCAGUCAUCAACAGAGUCCGAGUCAUCACCAGUUGCUGUGCGGCAGAGAUCUUUGGGCCGGCACUUGGACGACAGUGACGAUGACUUUCAAGCACUCACCUGCAGGAAACAGCCACCAACACAGAAAAGGAGGCCACAGAAAGUGAUCAACAAAAAGGUUACAGGAAACGGUGCUGCUACAGGAAAGAAACCAAAGCGGAGCUCAAGGAAGAAGAGCAAUUUCAUUGAACACGAAGCGGAUGUCUCGGCAGACAUAGUCAAUUCGUCCGAUGAGUCGGAGAACAGCAGCCUUGAUCAUCUGGACGAAAGCUUCAUCGAUGACCAGACUCAAGUGCCAAACAAGACUUUCUACCUUCAGACUGUUCGCAGCCCAGUAAAUCCUGCCAAGUUUAAAAUAGGUCACACAAAUCAUGUUCGAUACUCUGAGGUGUUUUCGCAAGCCGUAUCCGAAGAUGAAGCCGACUACGAGCAAGAUAGUUUCUGUGUGGGUAGCGACGACUCCUCAGCCUUGCAUCGGCUGAGUUCCUCAGCAUCUGAGAAGCUCGAAGAAGAAGAAUCACCCGUGCGCAGUUGCCCGAAGACGAGGCAGCGCAAGAGGAGAAUUCGAAUAUCGUCCACGAGUGAAGAGGAGCCGUGCCGCGCAACAUUCGUCUCGAAAAGCCAGAAAAUCGACGUUGACGACAGUCCGGUCAGCAGAAAACACCGGAGCGAGGAGCCUGCCAAGCCAGCCUCAAAAGAUUCCUGGCGUGCCACUGCGACAACCGAGGUUUCGGGCUGCAAGCUGGUCGAUCUUCCGGGAAACGUGGCGGCCGAGUUGACACCCGGGUCGGGAGCCUCCCGACUGUUGUCGAAGGAAGAGCGACUCCGGCUUCAAAAAAUAAGGCAGGAAGAAUUCCGCAGGACGCACAUGGCCAGUAUUCAGAACAAAACGAGCCCUUCGGCAGACAUCUCUCAACCACCGAUAAAAGCACAGGUACUUGUCGACAACACCACCACAAUUAUAGUGGACACCAGAGAGAUAGCAUCAGGAACGGCACUCGUGUCUGCGCUGCGUGCUUCAAAAGACGUACAAGUGGAGGUUUUCUCCCUCGCGGCUGGGAGCCUAGUGGUGGGACGAAGGUGCUGCGUACUGCGCAAGGCCCUGGCCGACUUUGGCAAUCCCCAGAACAACUCGCGCCUCGUGGCCGAAGUGAGGCACCUGUUCGAGCUGUACGACCGACCGUGCGUCAUCCUCGAGCGACCGCAGAGGGUCAAGCCUGGCGAACGACCGUUCAAGAGGACGAAGUACUUUGACAACAUGUUGAUGUUCCUAAACUCCACGCAUGCCAAGGUGUUCUUCUCAGACUCUCAAGCAAACACGGCCGAAAUCGUUCUCGCCCUCGCAAAGAAAGAGUCCCAAAAGGGUAUGGCGCUUGCGUCGCCCGAAUGCCUUCAGCGCAAGAAUCACCUCGUGCAAUUCUACCUCGCAUUUCCAAAGGUCAGCUUGGCUACAGCAAUCAGCCUGACGGCCACAUAUCCCUCUGUACGCAGUCUUGUUAAAAGUUCAGUGGAAGAACUUCAGGAGCGAAUCAAGAUAUCCGAAAGCCGUGCCAAAGACAUUCUUGACUUUUGUAAAGUCUCUGCCACUGUAUGACUGAGGAGCCGAGGAUGUCUAUUUUUUCUGCUGUACUGUACCAUAAACUGUUUUUCUUUUUUUUUUUUGUAGAAUCCUAGUGUAUAGACGUAUAUAUGUGUGUGUUUGUGUUGACUUCGGAAUGACGUGUUGUAAAUUAAGACUGCUCCAGAUAAGUCUCACUUCACGUCUCUCAAGUUGCUGACUUGGGAAAGUCAUUUGGAAGUCGGGGUUGAAUGUGAUAUGUUUCAGGACUCACACAAGCCCGUAACCGGCUUGCACGUGUAGUUUUGUUUGUGACUGAUGUGACAUACUCACACAAGCCAUGGACCAAUGUCGGCAUUACGCUUGAACAGUUUCUAAUCAUGCAAAAUGUGAUAUAAAGGAUGAGUUGUUUUACAUACAAAGCCAGUAGUAUUGUUUAAAGUUUGUAGGAUAUAGCAAGGCCUUGUGUGCCAAAAGCCUAUGCAUCAAAUAUUCGGGCUGUACAGCACCCAGGAAAGAGUAGAAUUAUAUUUCCGUGAGCUGUUAUUGUUUUCAUACAUUGUAAAUAAACCGUCUGUAUGCUCUAAAUAUUACUCUGCAUUGAGUGGGACUGAUCUCACCUUGUUGGCAAUAGCGGCAAUUAAAAUAAAA